UGAGCUGUCAGAUGAACACGCGUCGUAUACAAAAUUUUCAAUUCAUACCACUGUCAAAAGUGUUUUCUAGUCAUUUUUAUUAGUAUAUGUAUGAAUGUAUCAAUUUAGAAUUUAUGAAAUGAAGGAGAAUAAAUUAUUUAAAUCAUGAUAAUCGACUAGGUGGGUAUUUGAAGACUAAUAUUUUCAAAAAGGGUUGUGGGAUAUUCUGACAGAUUUUCAGUCGCUGAGGUCAUAUUCAACUAAAGAUAAGAAAAUAUUUAAAUGCUAUGAGCCAUCACUUAUCAAUAGUGAAAAUGUAUUGUGACAAAUGACAGAAGUCAAUUUGAUUACUAAAUAAUCAUUGUUCUGAAUUUACGAUGUUUUUAUCUGGAAAAUAAGCUAUUGCGCCUUCGAAAAUUCAAUUUUUAGACUUAAUGGUCUACAUAAUUGCCACCCUGAAAAGAAUGCUCGACCCCGUUUGAAAAGUCGUGUAUAAAAUACUAUGGAAUUUCAAUAAAUUCCAUUAAAUUUCUAAAAUAAAUCGCAAUACUUGAUUGUGACUAAAUACAUGAAUUUUUUUAUGAAAACCUUUAUUAGCCCUAUAAAAAUGUUUACAUGGACUCAAUUGGACAUCUAUGAUGAACUAUUUUAUGAUAUCUUGAUAUGAAGCCAUGACAAUAUUUGUGGAUGCAUUGGUAUUGGAUAACAGUGUUUUUUCUUUGUAAUGUGAUGGGAGACCAAAGGACCACUAGUACAGUUGCACCAAAUUGGCAGAGUUCUUUCAAAUCAAAAAGUGACACCUCAAAUAUAGAAAAAAAUAAUAAUUCAUUUCAUUCCGACUUAAGCACUCCUUUAAACACUCCUUCGAUCACUCAGAAAUAUCUCAAAAAUCAACUUCAGAAUGCUUCAGUCGAUAGAGAUAGCCUCCUGCAAAUCUCCAUUAAUUCAAACAACUCAAAAGAUAAUAUUUUAGAGGAAACUUCUGUGAUAAAUGAAAAUAUAACCAAUAAAUUCAUGAAAAUGUCAGACAAUCAAGUAAAUGCAAGUUUUCUCACUGACUUCAAUAGUACGGACAUGAACAUGACAUAUUUUGAAAAUGUAACCAAGUAUGAAAAAAAUUGGCUGCUAAAUUCAGAGCAAAUAAGUAUUGCUCAGAAGGAUGGAAUUACUGACAAGAUGUCAACAAUGGAGAUUAUUGGCAUAUUUUUAUGUUGCGUAUUUCUUGUGGCAAUAUUUUGCUCUAUUGGUUAUUUCCUCUAUAAUAACAGAGGAUUCAAUAGAGCUGAAGUAUUGAAUGAUCAUUGCAGUAAUCCUGAUUCUAGCGGAUACCUCGAUGAUACUUCAGUAAGAGAUAAUUCAGAAGAGAUGUAUAGCUUAGACAACGAUUCCUUCCUCAAUAGUUUAGAAGCAAUGACUAUACAGAACUAUUGGACAGAUACAGUAAAACAUACCAAGUUGUAGUAUAAUUCCAUUGAUAUUUUAAUGGCAGGUUUCACAGUUUAUAACGUCCAUAAAUUUUUAAGUUAGAAAUGAUGAUGCUUUCUCUCUUUGAAAAUUCCUGUAUAUAUAUAUUUAAAUAAGAUUGCUAGAUAUAAAGUGGAUAUCAGGUAAGAGUAAUCAGAUCAUUAAGAAUGAAUUUCAAAGUAGUAAUAACAUGGAAAGUUGAAGAUGCAAUACAUUAUUAUUGAUGAUUGAGUAGUGUAGCAGGUGAGAAACAUAUCCUGAAAUCCUCAAAUGUUACAGUCGUAAUAACAUUUGAAAUUUUUUCAGUAAAAUCUACUAGUAGAUGAAGUUUCUCUGUCUAUAAAGGAAAAACCGGUAUGUGAAAUCUGCCUCAAAUACUUAGAAUCUGUGAUUCAUAUCAUAAGGUUAUGUAUGACCCUCUUUUUAAUGUGAUCAUUGAUAAUAUUCUCUGUUCGUUGAUUAUUAAGUUAAUAAAAGUACAAAUUUGUAUGUAGUGAAAUAAUAAAUGUGUUAACACUUAAUUUGUUAUUGAAGUGUUCAUUCUUUCAAAAUGUGUCUAGAAUGGAAGCAAUACUAUGUUUAGACUUUUUAUGGAUCAGACAGUGUAUUUUAGAAAUGAAAUAAUACUUAUAUACAUAA